GCGUCAUCGAAAGCGGCAAGUGGGACGGAUCUGUCCUCCUGCGUGCUUUUCCGCGACGAGGACAAGCUCAAAAUCUUUCCUUUGAUUGGAGGGCCGGCAACCUCACAACCUGCAAGAAGCUGUGCAGUUUUGCGUCCGAUUUGAACUCCACGUCGGCGAAGCUGAAGAUGAUACCGUACCUGGGGAAGAUCGUGCCACGACUGUUCCGCUACAAGUACGACCCGACGAGAAAGAUUCAAAACUUGAUGAUCAGCAUUUGGGAUUCGGUGGUGAGCGAUUCGAUGGCGACGGUUGAGGCUUAUUAUUGGGACAAUUUGGAGAACGUGAGCAAGAACUUAACGUCGCCGGAGCAACGAACGUGGACCGUGUCCGUGUUGGCUGCGGAAGGAACAACGGCGGCUUUGAGUAAGGUUUGCGUUGUAGCGGCAUCCAGCAACGUCGCCUCGGCAAACAGACUUCAGCGGUUCGAUCCCUAAGAGGUGCGGUCUGGCCAUCAAUUUCCUGUUAGUCUAAUUUAUUGUGAAAGUUUUAAAUUUUAAGUAAUUAAAAACAUGGGGAUUCAUGGUGGGGAGUGUUUUUCUUGAUUACUUUUUAAAUAUUAAUAAAAAUUGCUUAAA